GCCAAGGGACGGGACGGAGGAGCCCUCGACCGGCGUGGAGAGAGAAAGAGGAGCAGCCAAGCCAAAGGGGGGCGGAAGAGAGAGAGAGAGAGAGAGAUCAAGCAAGGAGGAGGAGGAGGAGGAAGAAGAAGAAGAUGGCGUCUGGUUGGGGCAUCAACGGGAACAAGGGGCGGUGCUACGACUUCUGGCUGGAUUUCAGCGAGUGCAUGAGCCGCUGCCGCGAGCCCAAGGACUGCGGCCUCCUCCGCGAGGACUACCUCGAGUGCCUCCACCAUUCCAAGGAGUUCCAGCGCAGGAACAGGAUCUACAAGGAGGAGCAACGCCAGAUAAGAGCUGCUGCUCGCAAGGCCAAGGAGGAAGCUGAGGGAGCCCCUGCUGUUGCAGCUCACCAUUAGUCUCCCUGUCAAUUUUUCUGUGUGCUUUUGUUUUCCGUCAACUCAUCUGGGUUCAGCUGUGAUGCCAAGAGCAAGGCAAUAAAUUCCCCAUCUACUGUUGGACUACAGACUUUUUCCCAGCUCACUCCAUUACUUGUUCUAAAUCAUGAGUUUGGUAAAGACCGCCUGGUCAUGAA